GCUGGUCAUAUUUUAUCUGUUGCUGAUGCUCAGAGUGGGACGGUGCUCAGAUGAUCAUAAGUUUGUGACAAAGACUGUUGGUGUUGGACAAGAUGUGACUCUUCCAUGUGCUCGUCAGGAAAAUUCAGAACAAGAAUCCUUGUUUUGGAUCAGGAUCGUUUCUGGGACCUGGCCUGAAUUCUUGGGAGGAACGUUAACAUUUGAUGUCACAGAUUCUAAGACUCCUCAGAUUACAACAAAUAAUCACAUUACAGCAAAACCAGAGCCUGAGACUUUUCUUCUACAUAUUAGCCAGACUAAGCUCAGUGAUACUGGGUUUUACUACUGUUUGAAAACCGCAAAUCUCAAAAUGACAUUUAUGGAGGGAAUAUUUCUGAUCAUUAAAGGACCAGAACCACAUAUCACUACCGUCAUUCAAGUGUCUCCGUCUGAUCCAGACUCAGUGAGUCUACAGUGUUCAGUCCUCUCUGACUUUGAGAACAAGACAUGUCCAGAAGAUCACAGAGUGUACUGGUUCAGAGCCAAAUCAGAUGAGUCUCAUCCCAGUUUAAUUUAUACUCAUCAAAACAACACUGAUGAAUGUGAGCGAAGUCCUGAGACUCACUCGAAGAAAUGUGUCUACAGCUUCUCUAAGGACGUCAGCUCCUCUGAUGCUGGGACUUACUACUGUGCUGUGGCCACGUGUGGAGAGAUACUAUUUGGAAACGGAAUAAAAAUGGACAAUAAAGCACUCAAUGUACAGAAGACAAAUAUAGUCGUCUCUCUGUUAUGUGCUGCUUUGGCUACGAGUCUGAGUGUUAUAGUCUUCCUCAUUUAUACCAUCAAGAAGAACAAUCGUGACGUUUUGCAAACACAUGCUCCAACUCAAAGUCAGCAGAGAGAUGAAGAUACUUUGGUUUAUUCUGCACCAAACAUCAUAAUGAGGAAGGCUGGCAAAGCAGAGACAAAGAAAGCGCAAAGAACAGAGGAAGAGAUCAUCUACUCUGAUGUCAGAGCUUAA